AUGCAUCGUUGUCCACCUCUCCCCAAACUGGUUAUUUAUUAUUAUUAUUAUAUUCCUACUACUACUACUACUACUACUACUACUACUACUACUACUACUACUACUACUACUACUACUACUACUACUACUACUACUACUACUACUACUACUACUACUACUACUACUACUACUACUACUACUACUACUACUACUACUACUACUACUACUACUACUACUACUACUACUACUACUACUACUACUACUACUACUACUACUACUACUACUACUACUACUACUACUACUACUACUACUACUACUACUACUACUACUACUACUACUACUACUACUACUUUUGAUGUAACGGAUAAUAAUUUCGUACUGAUUGAUUCGUAG